GUGAGGAAUCCAAUGAGCAAUACAAAGAGCAAUGAGUACGACGUGCGAGCAUGUCUUGCACGUCGCGCUCUUCGCUAGUAAAUCUAUAAAUGUAUCAGUGAUCAAUCUAUACUCGUAACCAAGAAAUCUAAUAGCAGUAUAACCAUUCCUCUCUCUAGAUCUUUAAGAUGGAGCUGAAGCCCUCUUUGGUGGGGCUGGUGCCAUUCGCAGCCAUGAUAAUGGCAGAGUUCUUCGAUGUGGGCCUAAUAACUCUGAGUAAAGCAGCUCUGUCCAAAGGAAUGAGCAACUUUGUCUUUGUUGUUUACUCAAACGCCCUUGCCACGCUCAUCCUCCUCCCUUCUUCUUUCCUCUUACAAAGAACAACGAGACCUCCCCUGACUUUUUCUCUCCUCUGCAAAUUCUUCCUGCUAAGCCUUUUUGCGGUUACUGUCACGCAAAACUGCAUAGUCACUGGGAUAAGCUAUAGCUCACCUACCCUUGUAACUACCUUGAGCAACUUGGUCCCAGCUUUCACUUUCUUGCUUGCUGUUGUCUUCAGGAUGGAAAAGAUGGAUCUGAGAAGCUCAACGAGUCGGGUGAAAAUCAUGGGGACCUUGGUUUCAUUAUCAGGAGUAUUGCUAGUAACCCUCUACAAGGGUCCUGCAAUCGUCUCCUUGCUAGUUCAAUACCCAUCAAUUUCCUCAGAAGACUCAUUUACAUCACAACCAUCUCUCCACAACGUGUUUGCAACUGAAAGUGACUGGAUUCUCGGAGGCCUUUUCCUUGCGAUUGCUUUUUUAUCUACCUCGAUAGGGUACACUUUUCAGGCAGCAAUCCUAAAAGGAUACCCAUCAGAAUUGGCAGUAGUUGCAUUCUGUUGCUUGUUUGGGACAAUUCAAUGCACUGCGCUUUCGCUAUUUGCAGAAAGAAACAACCCGAGUGCUUGGAAAUUCAGCCUUGAUAUCGAACUCCUCUCGGUUAUCUACUCAGCUGUGUGUGGAAGUGUCAUAAAUUAUUCCGUCCACGCUUGGUGCAUACACAAGAAAGGCCCCGUGUUUGUGGCCAUGUUCACGCCAAUCAGCAUUGCUAUUGCUGCAUUAUUCAGUAUCAUUUUCCUUGGGGACACACUUCAUUUUGGAACUGUGAUUGGAGCGACUGUAAUCGUGGUGGGUUUUUACGGAGUGAUAUCGGCACAAUCAAGAGAAGAGGAAGAGGAAAGUCAUGGAGUUGAUCACCCGCCUCCAUCCUCGGAGACGACCCCUCUAUUGCAGACUCACAUGGCUGUAUAACAUAUACUAUCUUAGUCACCAAUAAUUCUUCAGUAAGGUCCCUUGCUCCGGCUUCUAAUUAUUGCUCUGGGCUUACGCUCAUAAUAUUCGCUUUCAAGU